AUGGGGUGGGAUGCUUUUGGUCUUCCUGCGGAGAAUGCGGCGAUUGAUCGCGGUGUUUUGCCUGAUGAAUGGACUCGCAAGAACAUCCAGAAUAUGCGCAAACAACUUAGGGAUGACAUGAAAUUAUCGUUUGAUUGGACGCGUGAAAUCGCCACCUGCAACCCAAACUAUUAUAGAUGGACUCAGUGGCUAUUUAUUAAGCUUUUCGAAGCUGGACUGGCGUAUAAGCGAUUAGCCGAAGUAAACUGGGACCCCGUUGACAAAACGGUUCUUGCAAACGAACUUGUUGAUGCUGAAGGGAGAUCUUGGCGUUCUGGGGCGCUAUCACUGAAAGAUGGCCUUGGAGAGAUUAGGGGUCAACAGUGGCGUGAUGUCAUCCAAAUGCAAGAGGGUUGGAUCGGUCCAAACGAUGGCUUUGUUGUGGAAUUUGAUCUAGUCUUUCAUUCCACUGACAAGGAGCACCAAGGCGAACGUCUGGCUGUUUUCACCAAACAGCCUGGCCUUGCGGCUGCCGGAGCUAUCAGCUUUGUCGCCGUGGGACCCCAGAGCAUAUUUUGGAAUGAACGGUUCCGAUUUCCCCAAAACAUAUGUGAAGUUAAUGGCUCUCGAAAGCUGGUUGUCACGAGUUCAUGCUCAUCCCUGGGCAAACUCUCUGUGCAACCUGCCGCAUCGCGCCAUCCUUGGCCCGAGAGGCUCAACAUUAGCGUUAAACACCUCCUCACAGGCACCUACAUCCCACUUGUAUACGAUCCAGAGCUGCAUUCCAGCGUCGAGUACGAAACGGUGAUCGAGUUAGGCACACCCGAUAUCUGUGACCGCCAUAGGGAGUUGAGCCGCUUCCUUGAUCUUCCACCACCUGAAUGCCAAAUUGAUCUCACUUCCCCUGCGGAAACCGACAAUGAGUUACGAAUCAGGAUCAAACGGAGCCCUCUACCGGAGUCGGUAUCGAAAAGAUUGGUCGGUAUCAAGGCAGCGGUAUUGGGCCACGCCAAUUCCUCUUAUAUCCUGUCCGAACUGCGGGGUGCUGUGAUGGAGUACGCGCAAGACACGGGUCUUGAUCUUACAGUAAAGAGCACAUUUGAGAUGGUUCCCGUGCCGGAGGAGGACCUACCAGUCGAAUUGCCUCCUCUAAAAGUGCCCCUGAAACGCGGUGAUGCCCCUCUAAAGGAGAACACUGAAUGGCGUCAUACUACUUGCCCACGUUGUGGAAGUCCAGCCGAGCGUGAGGUCGACACGUUGGACACUUUCGUCGAUUCCUCCUGGUAUUAUCUUCGUUUCCUCGACCCAACGAACUCUAAGGAGAUCUGCUCGCGCGACAACGCGCACAAGCACAUUCCUGUGGAUAUAUACAUUGGUGGCAUCGAACACGCCAUUCGUCACCUCUUCUACGCGCGCUUUAUUGCUCACUUCCUGCAUCGCGAGCUUGGCCUGUUGCCUUGUCGGGAGCCGUUUCGACGCUUCCUCCCCGUCGGUCUGGUGAUGGGGAGGACUUUCAGGAGUUCAAUCACGGGGCAGUACUUCCCUGCGCAGGAUAUAGACAAAGACAGCAGUGGUAAGCAACCCUAUCCGCCGUAG